CGCAUCUUGUCUGCGCAUCGUCCUUGAGGUUCUUCGAAGUGAGGAAGGCACACACGGAUACCGGCAUUCAGCUUCAUCCCUUCUAACUCGGUAUCUGUACCAUCAAUCAUUAUGCCAUACUUCGCACCCUAUCUCAGCCAGGAGAAGCAGCUGGAGCUGGCUCAGAUUGCCAAUGCCAUCGUGGCUCCUGGCAAAGGUAUCCUGGCUGCUGAUGAGAGCACGGGAACGAUGGGAAAGCGGUUUGCUUCAAUCGGCGUGGAGAACACAGAGGAGAACCGCCGGCGGUACCGUGAACUGCUCUUCACUUCUGACAAAUCUGUAGCGGAGAACAUCAGUGGGGUGAUCUUGUUCCACGAGACUCUGUACCAAAAGGACAGUAAUGGGGUGCCCUUUGUCAAGGUCCUCCAGGAUAAAGGUAUCAUCCCUGGGAUCAAGGUGGACAAGGGAGUAGUACCUCUGGCAGGCUCAGACAAUGAAACCACCACACAAGGUCUUGAUGGUCUGGCAGAGAGGUGUGCCCAGUACAAGAAAGAUGGAGCUCAGUUUGCUAAGUGGAGGUGUGUUUUGAAGAUUGGCCCCCACACCCCCUCAUACCAGGCCAUGAUGGAGAACGCCAACGUCUUGGCUCGCUACGCCAGCAUUUGCCAACAGAAUGGCUUGGUACCAAUUGUUGAACCUGAGGUAUUGCCAGAUGGAGACCAUGACUUGGAGACUGCUCAGCAAGUUACAGAACAGGUGCUGGCAUUCCAGUACAAGGCUCUAGCUGACCACCACGUGUUCCUGGAGGGUACCUUACUUAAACCUAACAUGGUCACUGCUGGUCAGUCGUGCUCCAAGAAGUAUACUCCUGGUCAGAUUGCUACAGCCACAGUGACCGCUCUGUCAAGAGGAGUCCCUGCUGCGGUGCCAGGUAUUACUUUCCUGUCAGGAGGUCAGUCAGAAGAGGACGCUUCCAUCAACCUGGAUGCCAUCAAUAAAUUCCAGGGCAAGAAGCCAUGGGCUCUGACCUUCUCCUACGGCCGUGCCCUUCAGGCCAGCGUACUCAAGGCCUGGCAAGGCAAGGAUGAGAACAAGGCUGCAGGCCAGGACGAGCUUCUGAAGAGGGCAAAGGCCAAUGGUUUAGCGGCCGUGGGUAAGUAUGAAGGUGGAGUUGACAGCGCGGCGGCAGGCCAGUCUCUCUUCAUAGCUAACCACGCCUACUAAACACCAGAAAGUUGUGGGUGUCGAAGCUUUAAAGGAACAAUCCAGGAGCCAUCAUUGGUUGUGUGCUAUCCAGAGCAUUGAGUGAUUGGCUGGCAAGAAAGUAAUUCCUUGUGUUUUGGAGGAUAUAUCCAGGUUUUUAUUGACUGGGCAACUUUUUUUGUAUUUAAAUAACCUUAAAAACUGUAGACUUGUGACUAAAAACUAAUAUACACCAAUAUUGUUGCCAAAUUCUCCUGUAGUAAUACUGUAAGAGGGAAUUCAAAUCCUAUCCUGGGUGGACAUUUUGAAUGUGCUUUGUAAAUUGCUAAUAGUAAUGUAUAGAGUCUAAACCUUGUCCAUAUUUGGGACUGGCUCAAUAUGAAUGUGAUUAUUUAAAUCUGAAUCAGAUUUUUUUCUUCAAAUGCUUUACAGGCCUUAACAUUGCGGAUGAAUAUGCCACAGACAUAAUCUGUGUAGAAGUCUCUGUAAAUGUGUACGUCUUCAUGUAUAUUUCCAGUUCUGUUUUUCUCUUAUACAUGCAGUGCUGCCUUUGUAAACACAUACAGCACACAUGCAUGUAGUAGCAAUGAGAACUUACCGUGAGUUUUGUCGCAGGUUUUCGGCAGUUAUUACCCCCAUUAUUUUUAUGUAUAUACAUGUAUGUGUAAAUGUAUGAAGUUUGAAUCGGUAUGUUCAUACAAACGUUUGAGAGAUUUUUAUGAGAUUUGUCUCUUGUGAGUGCGUAAUGGCAAACAAGAGCCCUUUGCAUCGCUCAGUGCUGAAAUUGUACAUGUAUUAACAUUUUUAACCUAAAUCUCCCUUUUUUUUUUUUUUUUUUCUUCGUCUCAAAUGUGGUUUUUUUCUGUUUUUGUUUGUUCAGGCUGCUAGAGGUUUUUCGCUGCAAAAUUUAAAAAAGAAAAAAAUUUAGUAAAGUUGACACUGGUUACAGGUGAAAUAUUCUAGCCUAUAAAUGAUUUAGGAGGUACUGAGGGCAGAAUUGAGCUGGACUACGGUGAUUUGGGGAUGUUCAGUCAAUAAAGAAAAGGCUCUAGAAUCUUA